UUAUCAUUUAUUGGUUAGGUUACGCAAAACAAUUCUGUUCAGUUUAAUCAUUUUGCAAAGCAAUAAAAAAAAAUUACAAACCGGCAAAAUUAUUUUGGAAAACGAUGUCAUUCCCGGAUAAAGCAGCUCGAAAACAGUGUUGGGAUGCACGUGACAAAUACUGGGAGUGCUUAGAUAAAUAUGCACCAGAUUAUUCGGCGACAAGCGGCCAAGAGGGACCAAAAGAGUGUGCAAAACUGCGGAAAUUGUACGAAUCCGGGUGUCCAGCUCAAUGGGUCAAACAUUUCGAUCGAAAACGAACCUACGAACAAUUCAAAGAGAAAAUGAACGCCGGCUACGAUCCCGUCAAGGAUAAAUAGUACAAAAUAUAAUCCAUAUUUAUCAAAUUGUUACACAUUUAUUGAUUCACAAAUCGCAUGAUAAAAAAAAACACUGAAAAUUUGAUGUGAAGUAGACAUUUAGUUAAAUGAAAACUGAAUAAAAUAAACACUAUUCAAUUCUGUUUUGCGAAUAAAUAAA